GAGGAGUCAGUCCCUGGGAAUGUCCCUGCCAGCACCAAGGCCCAAACACCUACAGACUGUCCUUUUUGUUUCAGAACUUCUUUCCCCAACUUGGCCAGCCUCACUGUCUCAAAACCUUACAAUGCUUGAGCAUAAUGAGUUUGUGGAUACCCCCUGGCUGGGCUUCAUGGAGAAUUCUUCACUGAUCACUAACCUGAAUCCCAGAACAGACCCCCUCUUUCCCUGGACAGAAUGAAAGGCCUUCCGUAGCCAGGCAUAGCUGGCCAUCAUGGGGAAAUUGAUCAGAAUGGGGGCACGGGAGAGGCGGUUACUCCGGCCAAAGCGGCUUCAUUGGAGUCGCCUCCUCUUCCUGUUGGGAAUGUUGGUCAUCGGUUCCAUCUACCAGCACCUGAGGAGCCCCCGGGGCCUCCCCUCAUUGUGGGCAGCAGUCUCCUCCCAACAUUCUGUAAAACUGGCCAGCCGGGACCUCCCUGACAAUGAGAUGAUGAUGGUGAGCAGUGACCCUCCAAGAGCUAGCUCUGAAAUGGAGGUGCCCCAAGCCACGGUGCCCCAAGCCACGGUGGGCAGGUUUCAUGAAGCAACACUUGGGAUAACAAUGAAGAAUACACACAAUCCACCCAGAAGAACGGCCAACAUCACUCCAACAAUACCCAAGAUUAAGUACACAGCAGGAGACAUAGAAAGAGUGAAGGCAGACAGCACAACCAUACCCAGUGGAGUACUGAGUCACUACACCCCAACUUCAAACAGACCAACAGUGAAGAAUUACACCCCAACACCACCACCCAGGGGAGAAAUGCAGAGCUACAAUCCAAUUCAAGCCAAGGGAAAGGUGAAGAAAUACACCCCAUCUCCACUUGGUAGACUAGUAGGUAAUUAUGCCCCAUCCACACUCAUGACAAUGACAAGGAGACAUGGGGUCACCCCCAGAACAACAGUGAAAGACAGUGAAAUUAUGACAACCACCAAAAUAUUGGAGACUAACCCCUCUAAGAGAAUGGUGGAGGAAACCACCCCAGCUACUCUCAAGGGAAUAAUUAACACCCCAACUUUCCAGAUAAGUGGUAUAGAAACAAACAUCCUGACUUCUCCAAGGAGUAUAACGGAAAAGAACACCGUGACUACCCCCAGAACAGUGGACAGUAAGAGCCCGAUCAAGCCGCGGGGGUUAGUGGGAAAGAACAGGCUGACAACUUCUCUGGGAACGGUCCUUGAGCGCACCACAGCCAUCUCUGAGGGGCAAGUGAUGAUAAGCACCAUGACAGGCAGUAGCCCAAAGGAAAACAAAGCCUCUACUGCUACCUGGAGUGUUAGUGAUCCUUUGUCUAGGACCAGUGCAUUGACCAUGGGAAUAUCCUCAGCCAUCUACACGGGGCUGGCAAAGAAACCUUCCAUAGCACCCGGGACCUCAUCAACCUCCAAGGUCAGGGUGAAUCCAAAGAUCCAUGUGCAUCACUGUGUUUUUGUGGAGCCAGCCCCGGCUGUGCCCCCUGCUUCCUCCCCCAACUUGACAACAGCUGCGAUCCCAGAGGCACCCAGUUCCAGUCCCUCAGAGCUGCCCCCUGGCUGGCCAGACCUUCACUCCAAGGCAGAGUACCCCCCAGACUUGUUCAGCAUAGAGGAGCGGAGACAGGGCUGGGUGGUGCUGCACAUCUUUGGCAUGAUGUAUGUGUUUGUGGCCUUGGCCAUCGUGUGUGAUGAGUACUUCGUCCCAGCCCUGGGUGUCAUCACAGAUAAGCUACAGAUCUCUGAUGAUGUGGCAGGUGCCACCUUCAUGGCUGCUGGAGGCUCUGCCCCUGAGCUCUUCACCUCCCUCAUUGGCGUCUUCAUCUCCCACAGCAAUGUGGGCAUUGGUACCAUCGUGGGCUCUGCUGUGUUCAACAUCCUCUUUGUCAUCGGCACCUGUGCCCUCUUCUCCCGGGAGAUCCUCAAUCUCACAUGGUGGCCCUUGUUCCGUGAUGUCUCCUUUUACAUCCUUGACCUGAUGAUGCUCAUUCUCUUCUUCCUGGACAGCCUCAUUGCCUGGUGGGAAAGCCUGCUGCUGCUGCUGGCCUAUGCCUUCUAUGUGUUCACCAUGAAGUGGAAUAAACAACUAGAGAUAUGGGUGAAGGAGCAGCUCAGCAGGAGGCCAGUGGCCAAGGUCAUGGCCUUGGGGGACCUCAGCAAGCCAGGCAAUGGGGCAGUUGCGGUGGAUGAGCUGCAGGAAAACAAGAAGCUAAAGCUCCCAGCAAUGCUGACCCGAGGGAGCAGCUCGACCUCUCUGCACAACAGCACCAUCCGCAGCACCAUCUACCGGCUCAUGCUUCACAGCCUGGACCCUCUGGGAGAAGCCCAUCCCUCCAAGGAUAAGGAGGAGGAGAGCUUGAAUCAGGAGAACAAAGCCAAGCCUCACGCUAAUGCAGAGAACAAACCAGAGGAGGAGUCAGCCAAGCUUCCUGCGGUCACGGUCACACCAGCCCCUGCUCCAGAUGUUGAGGGAGAUCAGGAGGAAGAUCCUGGCAGUCAGGGAGGAGAUGUGGCUGGACCUGAGAGCACAGGUGAAAUAGUAGCUGAAGAGGGUGAAGCUCCUGGUGAAGGCAAAAAUGAAGAGCAAGGUGGAGGUGAGACUCAACUGGAAGGUGAAGGUGAAAUUGAAGCAGAAGGAGAAGCAGGUGAACAUGGCAGUGAACUCCAAGCAGAAGAUGAGGACAUGAAAGCUGAUGAAGGUGGAGGUGAAGGUGAACUCCAAGCAGAAGGAGAAGCAGGUGAACAUGGCAGUGAACUCCAAGCAGAAGAUGAGGACAUGAAAGCUGAUGAAGGUGGAGGUGAAGGUGAACUCCAAGCAGAAGAGGGUGAAAUGAAAGCUGAUGAAGGUGAAAAUGAAGAGCAGGAGUUCAAUGCUGAGAGUCAAGGUGAAGCCAAAAGUGACGAGAAAGGUACAGAUGGUGAAGGGGGAGGUGAUGGAGGUGACAGUAAAGAUGAAGAGGAGGACGAAGAGGAAGAGGAGGACGAUGAGGAAGAGGAGGACGAUGAGGAAGAGGAGGACGAUGAGGAAGAAGAGGAGGCAAAUGAGGAGCCUUUGUCCCUGGAGUGGCCCGACACCAGGCAGAAGCAAGCCAUUUACCUCUUCCUCCUGCCCAUUGUGUUCCCACUGUGGUUGACGGUGCCUGAUGUCCGGAGGCUGGAGUCUAGGAAGUUUUUUGUUAUCACCUUCCUGGGAUCCAUCGUGUGGAUAGCCAUUUUCUCAUACCUCAUGGUCUGGUGGGCUCACCAGGUUGGUGAAACAAUAGGGAUUUCAGAAGAGAUCAUGGGUUUGACGAUCCUAGCAGCAGGCACGUCCAUUCCUGACCUCAUCACCAGUGUGAUUGUCGCUCGGAAAGGCCUGGGAGACAUGGCUGUGUCCAGCUCUGUGGGCAGUAACAUAUUUGAUAUCACCGUGGGCCUGCCUGUCCCUUGGUUGCUGUUCUCUCUUAUCAAUGGAUUACAGCCUGUUCCAGUCAGCAGCAACGGCUUGUUUUGUGCAAUUGUUUUGCUUUUUCUCAUGCUCCUGUUUGUGAUCUCUUCAAUUGCAUCAUGCAAAUGGAGAAUGAACAAGAUCCUGGGCUUCACAAUGUUCCUCCUUUACUUUGUAUUUCUGAUAAUCAGUGUGAUGUUAGAAGAUCGAAUCAUUUCCUGUCCUGUAUCUGUCUGAGGCAGAGUCACUGUUGCUCACGAUGGACGUGGAUCAGAAAACCAUGCCAGAAGCUACCAUACUUCUUGUUACAUUAAUAAAAGAAUGAACAUGGUCCAUGAGAGAGACCAGAGUGGCAAAGAGCCACUGAUGGGAAUGUGAUCGGGGACUGAAUGUUAGCCUUGGAAACACCCGCAGCUCGUUGUGGAUUGUCUCACCUCUGGAGGGAUGGAGUUUUUACCCCUGCCUGAUGUUGGCAGCUAUCACGUGGAGGCCAGAAGGACCUCUGGAGCAGAGGGUUUUCGGAACGAGGGAUCAUUUGGGGGUGAGGGCUGGGACAGGCACAGUAGCAGGACAAGCCCCUAUACUCACAGUUCCCUGAUUGUUCCUGAAAGGCUGCUGAUCCAAAGACACAGAUGUGGUCUACACCCCACCCUUUGGCCCCUGUCCCAAGCACACACUGCAACUUGCCAUCCUCUCUUUUUCUGUUUAAAACGUGAGGUUCUACCAGGUUUGUAAACAUUACAUGUCCAGUUAUUGGUGGGUUUAAGGAGCUAAGACUCGGAAAAAAAAAAGUAUAACAGGAAUCAAUGAUCAUUACACACUGUAGCCCAGUAAAAUGUGUACUGAUAUUUGAUAGCUUAAAAAGACUCCCUUAGCUCUUCUUUUGCAUUUCUGAAACGUGAAAUUAAAAUAAGUAGCCCCCCAAA